GACAAAUGAAAAUUACUUUUACAAACAAAUUGAAACCAAGUCUAUGAAUCCUCUCCUAUAAGUAUAAUUUCGCAACAUCAUGUCUUAAGCACAUAUAAAGGUAAUAAGCAAAGGGGAAGAAAACAUGUCGAAUUGCAAGGGUAAAAAGACGUGGCCGGAAUUGGUUGGUAUCAAUGGAGAAGCAGCAUCACAAAUAAUAAUGAGGGAGAAUACAAGAGUGACUGCAAGUACGCUACCACAAGAAUCAGUUGUUACCACUGAUUUUAGGUGUGAUAGGGUUCGUGUUUUUGUAGACAAUCAAGACAUUGUAACUCGAGUACCAAAUAUUGGUUAAUGUUAAUCGAAUUACGAGGCAUUCAAGUUUGAUCCGUAAAUUAAUACUUCGUUUUUAGAUUCAUAAGUUUGAUGUUUCUUAUGGCACUCUAGUAUAUGUGAGGGAUAAUCUAAAUAAUAAGAUGAUAAGUUCAUCUAUCUCAGUGCUUAUGUGAUAUUAAGCAUUGGCUAAAUAAAAAUAUUAUUGUUCGAUAUGUCAUGAA